AUGGCAGCAUCAGCAACCAUCAAAGCCAUCGAGCCUAGUACAGUUCAUCAAAUACAAUCCGGCCAGGUCAUUGUCGACCUUUGUUCUGUUGCAAAAGAGCUUGUGGAGAACAGUCUCGAUGCCGGGGCUACCAACAUAGGCAAGUCUCCCCUUCAAACGUUUGGCUUCCGCGGAGAGGCUCUCUCAUCACUAUGUGCAUUGUCAAAUUUUACUGUCAUCACCUGUCUUCAAGGCGACGUCCCCAAGGGCACGAAACUUGAAUUUGAAACUUCUGGAAAGCUCACGUCCACAAGCAUCGUUGCUUCCCAGAAAGGCACAACUGUCAUUGUCGAGAAGAUAUUCAAGAACUUGCCAGUCAGGCGACGGGAGCUCGAGCGAAACAUCAAACGCGAAUGGGGCAAGGUUGUCAAUCUCCUCAAUCAGUACGCCUGCGUUCAGACUGGUGUCAAAUUCUCUGUUUCUCAACAACCGACCAAAGGCAAACGCAUUGUGCUUUUCUCGACCAGGGGCAAUGCAUCCACUCGCGAAAACAUCAUCAACGUGUUCGGCGCAAAGACGAUGAGCGCGCUGAUCAAGCUUGACCUGAAGCUGGAACUCCAACCCACCGCAACUGGUGCCCAGAAGUGGUCUGGCCAAUCGAACGAGCCACACCAGGUCCUGAUCGUUGGCCAUGUGUCGCGGCCGGCUCAUGGUGAAGGCAGGCAGACGCCGGAUAGGCAGAUGUUCUACGUCAACAGCAGGCCUUGCCACCUACCUCAAUUUGCUAAGGUCUUCAAUGAGGUGUAUAAGUCAUACAACGUGUCCCAGUCACCCUUCAUAUUUGCGGAUAUUCAGCUCGAUACCCAUCUCUACGAUGUCAAUGUGAGCCCCGACAAAAGAACCAUCCUCCUUCAUGACCAGGGCAGAAUGCUGGACAAUUUGAGGGAGUCCCUCAUCGAACUCUUUGAGAUGCAAGAUGUCACGGUGCCUAUAUCGCAACAUCCCGCCCAGAAGAUGACGUCGUUCAUAGCGCCUACUUUAAGCAAAGGAAAAACCUUGGGCUCUGAUGGAGGUACAAACGCGUCUGUUGACGGUGGCUCACCAACUCUCACCGGUGUUGAUUCGUCUCAUAUCGACGGAUCGGAUCGCCUCCCAACGACCCUAGAUGCCAGCGACGAUGGCAUGUCCCAUGGAAACAGAGCCUCCAGGGCCAAGCAAACCCCACCAAUCAAAAGCCAUGGGAGCAAUAUGUUGGCUAAUUGGGUUGAGAGGAGAUCAUCGCCCGUUGACGAAACCACACUUGCGAGACAAAACAGUUCAGAUGACUCAGGGGAGGAGGAACCGACUGAGGCGACUUCAAACUCCAUACGCAGAUUCAGGCGGGACGGGAAUACUGCGACAGGCAUGCAAGCUGUCCGGGUUGAAAGCGUUCAAGGCUUUGAAGAUGAUUCGCCGUCUGCGCUACGUUCAACAGGGGGCCAAGCAAGCUCGUCUCGACAAUUCGAUAAUGUCAGCUCCAGUCACACCAUAGGUGAAUCAAGGCACGACUAUGAUGUCACCGGCGGCGACGGCAGUUUGACGAUGCACCAGGAGGCCGAGUUGCAGGAACAACCAAUACCUGCCGUAUCAACGCCGUCACGGUCUCAGGCAACCGUGGUCCACCAGAUUUCCCCCUCGAGACGAUUCAAACGCCCACCUAGUGUGGCCACAAUUACCAUAGGCGACGAGACUGUUACUAGUGUUAUUGGCUCAACAUUCAAAAGGGCGAAGCUCGACAGCAAUGCACUGCAGGCCAGUUCGCAUCAGGCGACAUCCCGCAAGAAGCCGAAUGCCAAGGUACCGUCGUUUGGUGGACGACUGACGCAAAUGUUUUCUGCAAACUCGGGAGCCGCUUCUCCUGAUGCUUCCGAUUCGGCCACAGACCCGGAUCAAGUGUCAGAAGAUUUACAGCCUGCCGAAGAAGAAGAAGAAGAAGAGGAAGAAGAAGAGGAAGAGGAAGAGGAAGAGUCCGAAGACGAGGAACUAUUCGUCCAGCAAUCUGAGGAGGUAGAGGAAGUUUCUCGGUCGCCCAGUGAAGAGGUCGAUGCAGCAGGACGCGCCCUAUCCGAAGAGAUCAGUAGAGAUGACUUUGUUACUUCAGACGCCCUGAGUGAUGAUGCCUGCGCCGAGGGAGCGGGAGAUGACGAAUACAUUGACGAAGAGGAGAAGAAAGCUCAAGAGGAACAGAAAGUGCAAGAAAUGAUCAAGGCUGCAGAAGAAACAGCGCAAGCACCCACCGAUCAGAGCGAAAAACGCGGCCAAGUAUUCAUCAAAGGCAACACCAGGAGAAAAGACUCCACAGUGCAUAUGCUCCAACGACAUAAGACCGACGAAGACGACCUGCGGAGACAGCUGGAGAAGUGGCAGUCGGCAAUCGACUCUCUCGCUGAGCGGACGCCCAGUAGCAUCGCUAGAGGCGGCCUCGAUGCCGCGGAUCCCGAGGAAAAGCUCUCACUCGCGAUUUCGAAAACCGACUUUGACAGGAUGCGGAUCAUUGGCCAGUUCAACUUGGGUUUCAUCCUUGCCGUUCGCGAAGCUGCGAAGCCGAUGGAUGACGAUACCAGCAUGCCACGCGCACAGGAUGACGAGCUCUUCAUCAUCGACCAGCAUGCCUCAGAUGAGAAGUACAACUUCGAGAGGCUUCAGGCGCAUACCGUGGUCCAGUCUCAGCGAUUGGUGCAGCCCAAGACCCUCGAGCUCACGGCCAUCGAGGAAGAGAUCAUUCUAGAACACAAAGCAGCACUCGAAGCCAACGGGUUCAUUGUUAGCGUCGAUGAGUCAGGGGACAAACCUGUUGGCUCUAGGUGCCAGCUCCUGGCCCUGCCACUCAGCCGGGAGACGACCUUCUCCCUGGUCGACUUGGAGGAGCUCAUCUCGCUCCUGGCAGAGCACACCAGCGCCACCACGGUGCCUAGGCCCGCCCGGGUGCGCAAGAUGUUCGCCAUGCGAGCGUGCAGAAGCAGCAUCAUGAUCGGGAAAGCGCUGUCCCAGAAGCAGAUGACCAAGGUCGUCAGGCAUAUGGGCGGCAUGGAGAAGCCGUGGAAUUGCCCCCACGGGAGGCCGACCAUGAGGCAUCUCUGCGGCCUGAGCACCUGGAAUGAGCGCGGCUGGGUGGAAGGCGAUGACUUUGAAGAGGCCGGCAGCCCCGUAGAUUGGGCAGGCUAUGUCAGAGGUAACGGCAUGUAA